AUGGAGAGCUGCGAUCCCCAUCAAUUCACUGAAUGUCUCAUCCAUUAUUGGCUGUGGUUGAUUGUUCCAGGCAUCCAGAUUGCAGUGGGCACAUCUGGUAACAUCUUAAAUAUAAUCGUACUCUCUCGACCAAAUAUACGAAGAUUAUCCACCAGCGUGUAUUUGCUAUCCUUAGCUGGCGCUGACAUCGUCUUCUUAUGGGUUGCGACUGUAGCAAAGAUCAAACAGCAUGUGACUGGUAUUAUUGUUGAAGAUCAGUCACAAUUCAAUUGCAAUGUUCGCUACUGGAUAGUGCAUGCCUCAGCUGGCUACUCCAUUUGGCUAAUUGUGUUUAUGACCGCAGAAAGACUUUUUCUUACCAAAUGGCCUAUCAUUGCAAGAGAACGACUCACAUCCAAAAACGCAGUCAUUGCUUCGUGUACUUUAUUAGCGGCGUGUCUGUUGUUCUCGUCCCAUUAUUUGUUUGGAAAACAUCUAGAAACGCGAUACAGAUAUGGAAAUAACAGCGAUGUCAUAGACGUUUAUUAUCGCUGCACACCGAUUAACGAUGCUUUUAACCGUUUUUAUAGAAAUACAUGGAACCUGCUCAUUUUGGUUGUACUAAACGUUAUUCCGGUAAUUAUAAUCAUUGUAGGAAACAUUAACAUAGUUGCUACAAUAGUAAUUCAAAUAAAACAGAGGCGUAAAGUUAAUCCUGUCAGUAAACUAAGUGUAUACGGUAGCAGGAAAAAAUCUACAGCGAAAAUGCUAUUUGUUGUGUCUGGGUUCUUUAUGGUAACGACCUUACCUUUCACAAUAUUUAGUGUUCUUAAACAAAAAAUUCAGAUAGAGUCUCCAAGAGGCAAAGCAAGGAUGGACUUAUACGAGACUAUAUUUGUCCUUCUGCUGUAUUGUAAUUUCACCUUCAACUUUUUUCUUUAUUUUGUAAGUGGCACAAUGUUCAAACAAGAAUGGAAACGACUAACAAAGAAGAUUUAUGACACGUUCUACUUGUGGGUAACGUUUACGUUUCUGAGGCAACCAAGAACGAAUGUGACUGUAAUCAGCUUGAUAAAAGUGAUAAGGACGGAAAGAAAUACAGUGUGA